GUGACCUACAAUGAUGUGCAUGUCGACUUCAGUUGGGAAGAAUAGGUUCUGUUGGAUCUCUCCCAGAAGAGCCUGUACAAAGAUGUGAUGCUGGAGACCUACAGGAACCUAACUGCUAUAGGGUACAGUUGGAAAGACCAUAACAUUGAAGAACAUUGCCAAAAUUCUAGAAGACAUGGAAGGUAUGAAAGAAGUCAUUCUGGAGAGAAACCCUCUGAAUAUACUCAAUGUGUUAAAGCCUCUGUAUAUCACAGUCAUCUUCAAAGACAUGAAAGAAUUCAUACUGGAGAGAAACUCCAUGGAGGUAUUCAGUGUGAUAAAAUCUCUGGACGUCACAGUAUGCUCCAGAUACAUAAACAAACACAUAGUAGCGAGAAACCCUAUGAAUGUAAUCAGUGUGGAAAAGCCUUUUCAAGACUUGGUCAUCUUCAAACACAUAAAAGAACACACACCGGAGAGAAACCCUAUGAAUGUAACCAGUGUGGUAAAACAUUUGCAUAUCACUGUUAUAUUCAAAUACAUAAAAGAACACAUACUGGAGAGAAACCAUAUGAAUACAAUCAAUAUGGUAAAGAUUUUGCCUAUCACAGUAAUCUUCAAAUACAUAAAAGAACACAUACUGGAGAAAAACCUUAUGAAUGUAAUCAGUGUUGUAAAGCCUUUGCACACAACAGUGCUCUCCAAAUACAUAAAAGAACACAUAGUAGGGAGAAACCUUAUCAAUGUAAUCAGUGUGGUAAAGCCUUUGCACAAAAGAGUAGUCUCCAAAAUCACAAAAGAACACAUACUGGAGAGAAACCCUACAAAUGUCAUCAGUGUGAUAAGGCCUUUGCACAUAAUAGUAAUCUCCAAAAACAUAAAAGAACACAUACUGGAGAGAAACCCUAUGAAUGUGAUCACUGUGGUAGUGCUUUUGCAUAUCAUAGUUACCUUCAAAUACACAAAAGAACGCAUACUGGAAAGAAACCUUACAAAUGUCAUCAAUGUGAUAAAGCCUUUGCACACAACAGUACUCUCCAAAUACAUAAAAGAACACAUAGUAGAGAGAAACCUUACAAAUGUAAUUUAUGUGGUAAAGACUUUGCAGAUCACAGCAGUCUCCAAAAACAUAAAAGGAAACAUACUGAAGAGAAACCCUAUAAAUGUAAUCAAUGCAAUAAAGCCUUUGCAUAUAGCAAUAGUUUGCAAAAACAUAAAGGAACACAUACUGGAGAAAAACGCUAUGAAUGCAAUCAAAGUGGUAAAGUCUUUGGAUAUCAGCAUAGUCUUCUAAUACAUAAAAGAACACAUACUGGGGAGAAACCCUAUGAAUGUAAACUGUGUGAUAAAAACUUUGCAUGUCACAGACAUCUUCAAAUACAUAGAAGAACACAUACUGGAGAGAAACCCUACGAAUGUAACCUAUGUGGUAAAGCCUUUGCAUAUCAUAGUGAUUUUCUAAUACAUAAAAGAAUACACACUGGAGAGAAGCCUUAUGCAUGUGUUCAAUGUGGCAAAGCCUUUGCACGCCACAGUCAUCUUCAAAUUCAUAAAAGAGCACAUACUGGAGAGAAACUCUGA